AAACAGAUAGAGGACCGCCGUGCACGCAUGUCUGAUGUCCUCAUUUUUGACAUCCUGCUCUCGGCGGGUGGAGUCAAGCACCCAUACACCUUGUAUCCGCCGCGCGACCUCGACUCGCUCAGACGCCUCUUGGAUGUUAUAGAAGAUACCACAUACGACACGUUAAAGAAGGACUGCCUUAUAUACUUCCUUCUCAAGUGGCAUCAAGACGGGCGAGAAGACAAGUUCCAGGAGGAACGUUGCAUUCCACCACAGUUUGUGGCCCUCGCUGACGCGUAUUGGCAUCUCGAUUCAGGUAUAGACGUGCCUCAUGCCGUAAGCCUGCUCUCUGACGCGCGGUUGAACCGCGAUUAUCCUUCAAAGAUUCUCCAAGCUCUCUCUCUGGAAGAAAACGCCAAUGAUCUCAUCCUUAGAUAUGUGCGCACCGCCAAGCCUUUGUUGACUCAGCCAGACGACAUCGACGCAUAUUCAAUAGCGUUGGCAGAGUCCAGCUUGUCGGCAGCAUGGAAUUACCAACGGACAUUCCUGGAAGGGAGUUCCUCGCGGUCCAGGGUUAUUCACAAUAUCUUU